AUGCCAAUCGUCCAACUCCGCACUUACACCCUCAAAUCCGCCAGCCUUGCGGCAGCGUACGCACAACGCUGGAAGCCUACCAUGGCCAGCAUCGCCAAACACAACAUCACCACUCGAGGAGUCUACCUGAGCGAGACGAACCCAAAGCAAGUCGUCGCUGUUGUCGAGUUCAAAGAUGGAGAUGAUCCGGACACGAAGAUUGGCGAAUAUGCUAGCAGUCCGGCUUUCAAGGAGGAUUUGGGGGAGAUCGAUUUGAGCAGUGAUUUCGAAGUGGUUGAUGCGCAGCUCUUGAAGCCAACGAGCUUUUCGCCGGGGCGGUAG